AUGUCUACGGCAUGUGACUUCGUUGCGCUCCACACUGGACAGAAGAUGCCUCUCAUAGGACUGGGAACUUGGAAAAGUGAACGUGGCCAAGUGAAAGAAGCAGUGAAAUAUGCGCUGAGUGUGGGUUAUCGCCACAUCGAUUGCGCAGCAGCUUACAGCAAUGAAGUGGAGAUUGGUGAGGCUUUCCAGGAGUGCCUUGGGCCCAACAAGGUUAUUAAAAGAGAGGACCUGUUUGUAACAUCAAAGCUGUGGAAUACCAAGCACCACCCAGAAGACGUAGAACCAGCGCUAAGGAAGACACUUGGAGAUUUGAAACUGGAUUACCUGGACCUGUACCUCAUGCAUUGGCCUCAUGCCUUUGAACGAGGGGACAAUCUCUUCCCGAAGAAUCCUGAUAACACAAUGCGUUAUGAUUACACUGAUUACAAAGAUACCUGGAAGGCUAUGGAGAAGCUGGUAGAAAAAGGUCUUGUGAAAGCCAUUGGGCUGUCAAACUUCAACAGCCGUCAGAUCGAUGAUGUACUAAGUGUGGCUACUGUCAAACCAGCUGUGCUCCAGGUAGAAUGCCAUCCUUACCUAGCUCAGAAUGAGCUGAUAGCUCACUGCCAGAAACGAGGACUGGUUGUUACUGCCUACAGUCCCCUUGGUUCUCCAGAUCGCAUGUGGAAACACCCAGAUGAGCCUGUGCUUCUAGAAGAACCUGGGAUCAAAAAACUGGCAGAAAAAUACAGCAAGUCACCCGCACAGAUCAUCCUCAGAUGGCAAGUGCAGCGCAAAGUGGUUGCCAUUCCCAAGAGUGUCACUCCGGCUCGCAUUCAGCAGAAUCUCCAGGUGUUUGAUUUCAGCCUCACGGAAGAGGAGAUGAGCCACGUUCGAAGCCUGAAUAAAAACUGGCGUUACAUUGUGCCAAUGAUAACGGUGAAUGGAAAGCUAGUAGCAAGAGAUGCUGGACACCCAUAUUACCCCUUCAAUGACCCCUAUUAAGUGCUAGAAAAUAGAAUAACAUGCUCCUCUGUAUGCCUUUCCACGAAAUGAUUGUUGCCGCAAUUUGUCAAAAAAUCUAUCCAAGUAACACCUUCCUUCCUUAAUAGGUUUACUUACAAUGUACUGCUUCUAACUGACUUCUCGAUACUGUAGCUUCCAUGUCAAAGUUUGUGGAUUUAUUACAAUGACUGCAAGCUUGCUCCCGGAAG